GGCGGGCACACCUGAGCGGCGCCGCUGCGGUCGGGGUUGGUUGAGAGUCGAGGAGCCCCGUUCGCAGCCACAACGGCCCUCGCGCAGCCUGGGGCCGCGGUGCAUCCUGGGCACGAAGGAGAUCAGAGUCAACGAGUAAGAUCAGAAAGCAGCAUCUCCUACUGCUGCUCUACAAGUAGUGAGUCUUAGUGCUCAUAGAUUACAAGUUACUCAGCACUGGAUGGCUGUGAACCUAACCCAACAGCAGACCCAAACUGCUCCGACUUGCUCCAUGCCAGCAUCAAUCAGACAUUUCUUCGUUCAUGAAGUGAACUGACCCAAGCCCUAGGCCACCAGUGACAGUGGUAUGGAUAAAGCACUGGUGAUAAAGAUAUGUAAGACUGUAUCCUUCAAAAGUUACCCACACUUGACACCACAGCAGCAGUUCAUGCCGGUUUUCUGCUACAGCUAUCAAAGCAUAACUGGCAAAAUAAUUAAUCCUAAUGAUAUUUGAAGGGCUUACUAUAGAGUGUGUACUCAAGUGCUGUGGAUUAGAACUUUGAAAGUGGAGAGCAAGAGGAUGGAUGUCCUAAGUUCUUCCAAACUCUAUGAAGGCACUGGGAUGUCAUUACCAUUUUAAACUGCACUCCAAAACAAUCUGCUUACCCAACGUCAAGCUUCACUGCAUCUGAGGAUCCUCAAUUUCCACUGCAUGCCUUGGAUACAUGCUCUUAAGCAGCUUACAAGCUUUCCUUGACCUACGCUUCUUUUCUUAAUGCUGAUCUGACUAUGGCUGUCCUCAAAGUAAAAUUCACCAAAACGAAGAGGGACAAAUUGGCUCAGAUCCUAUGGAUCCUCAACUGGGUUUCUGUUGUGAGUGGGAUCAUUCUCUUCAGUCUUGGCCUCUUUUUGAAAAUAGAGAUCAAGAAACGCAAUGAAGUGAUGGCAAAAGGGGACAUUAACUCUGUCCCCAACAUGCUGAUCUCUGUGGGGGCCAUAGCAUGUAUCAUCAACUUCCUGGGUGGCAAAAUCUGCUAUGACUGCUCAGAUGCCAACAAGUUCUCUCGCUGGAAACUAGUUAUGCUCCCAUACAUCGUAUGUACCUUCUGUUUUACUUUCUGCAUCCUGGUGGGUGCUCUCAUGUGCUAUGCCAUGAGGAAUGAGCUGGAAGAGUCCCUCUAUUUGGGACUGAGGGAUGCCAUUAAGUACUAUAAGGACACAGACAUACCUGGACGAUGUUUUUUAAAGAAAACAGUGGACAUGUUACAAAUUGGAUUCCAAUGUUGUGGAAACAAUGGCUUUAGAGACUGGUUUGAAAUUCAGUGGGUAUCCGCUCGCUAUCUGAAUAUGGCUUCCAAAGAAGUUGUGGACCGUCUGAAGAGUAACGUUGAUGGAAAGUUCUUGGUGGAUGGAGUACCAUUCAGCUGCUGCAAUCCAAAUUCCCCACGGCCCUGUAUCCAGUACCAGCUUACAAACAACAGCGCUCACUACAAUUAUGAUUUUCUGUCAGAGGAGCUGAAUAUCUGGGUGAAGGGGUGCAGAACAGCCCUGCUGGAUUACUACAUGGCUAUUAUGCGAUCCAUUGGUAUUGCAGCAUUGCUUAUCUGGUUGUUUGAGCUCUCUGUCCUUAUUGGUGUCCGGUACCUACAAACAGCAAUGAAGAACGUUCUCCUGCUAGGAGAUCCAGAGGGUGAAUCAGAUGGUUGGUUACUAGAAAACAGCUUUGUGGAAACUGCCAAAUACAACAUCAAUAUCAUUAAGAACCUUGGCAAAGCCAACCAGAUCUCCACUGUCUCAGGCAUGAGUGACCCCAACACAGAUGUUUCAAACACAAACUGUGGCAAAAACAAUGUUACAAGAAAAGCUAUCCCUGCAGCUAGCUAGAUGUGACAUUAUUUCUUUGAAGACUUAAGUUUAGCUUUGACACAUUCCAGUCUUACAGUUACAAGAUUUUUCAAUGGUGGGGAGAAAAUAGGGAAAAUAAUAAGACAAUUGAACAAACUGGAGGCUGUCACCAGUCUAUAGUUAUACUUCCUUGGUUAGAUGUAUUUUCUUUACUCAUUCUCCUGAAAUCCCUGAUUCUCAAACACUGCACAAAACAGAAUCUUUUGAAAUUUUCCCACUUUCUCUCCCGUGCUCACAUAUUUCUGCCAUGGUCUGAAUACGUCAGAAUAAUGAUUAUGCAGGAGAGGGCUAUCAUACUGGAUACCAGAAUGUCUCAGACAGGGUGGGUCUACAUCUGCUGACAUACAGAUGGGUCUACUAUGUACCAACAAAGAGCUUAUUAGCUAGACGAAAUUGAGUUGAAGGCAAUGAAAGUUAGUUCUUUAUAGUGUGUAUGUACAUGCACACACCCGCAUGUGUGUGAGAACAGAGAAGUUAAAACAAUGUGAAAUCUCUCUUCACUUUUCCCCGUACUUCAGAGAAAGCCAGCUGCUGUACUUCUGAAAAAUCAGUGGGUAAUCCUAAAAAGUUCUGCUCAAGAAAACUAAUUAAUGGCUCAUGGCAGGAUAUUAAAAUUCAAAGUGUCAUGUGAAGGUACAAGACUAAAAACAAGUAAAUAUUUUCCAUUAAAAAAUACUGACUAUUCCAGAUGUUAAAAAGUUGAUAAUUUCAACAGUAUGUAUAUAGACUCUGGGACUGUAAUAUUAGGGAUUAUUCGGAACCAAUGAAGACAGAAAGAUGCACUGACAGCUGUCCUGUCACAUUCCUUAUAGAGCACUCAGGAACUUUAUAUGCCAAUGUAUUGAGUGAAAGUGUUUCUACAGCUAACACAGUUGCAGUUACAGGAUGCCUAUGACUGUAAUUCAUCAUUAACAAUAAGAUUACAAGCAGGUAAACAGAAUAGAGAAUACAGAUACAGAAUAGACGAUAAAAGACCAAUAAAGUAUUUUUACUUUUUACUGUUGUUGAAAAUA